AUGGAGGAGGUGGAUCGUAUUAUUGUGCAUUCUCUGCGAUCAAUCGGCUGUGACCUGGAAGAUGAUGUGCAAAGCUUACGGCAGUUUACCACAGAGGUCAUCGUUUCCACGGUUGUGCGAUGUCUCAAAGUUAUCCUGGGAGACAUUGACCUGCCGUCGAGCCUCCCCCCAGGCAUGUCUGCCAGGUUUCGUCUUGGGGCAAGUCUGGCAAACCAUGUGCAGGAUUUAGGUUACAAAGGUGGUGACCUGGGUUAUCAGACAUUCCUGUAUUCAAAUGAGACGGAGAUUAGAAAAAUCUUCAUGUUUCUUGUGGAGAAACUACCAAAGGAUACGUCACAAACAGCAGACGAACCAAUGGGGUCAUCAGUUCUCCUCCAUCGUGCCAUCUCAACAGAACUAGGUUAUCAGUUAUCACUAGCAUGGCUGCCCCCAUAUCUCAAAGACAAGGGCGUGAGGACACGAACAAGGCCACCAGGCUGGCAGAGGGAGGGGGCAUUUUGUCUCCAUCACUUCCGUGGUCGUCAUAUUUCUACACCUCGUUCUGUGGGCAGCCUUACGGUCAAGAUUCCCAAAGAGCUCCGGUCCUACUACACCAAUCACCUGCCAUAUGUAACCAACCAGACAAGUUUACACAGAGACACAGCGCCCUCUGUGAUGGAGACAAAUGUGCUAGAGGUCGCUAGUCAUCAAGAGUGGGAAAACGAGUGGAAUCAAUUGGGCCUGGCAUCACGACUGACUCAACAAGAGUUUAAACGUCGCAAGCACGAACGUCUCAUGAAGAUGGUUAAGGAAAGGUUGCAACAGGACAGUCAGCAUCAGAACGGGCCUGACAGUAGAGCCGCUGCCAGUGACCUGCAGCAGAUACUGAGUAACAUUGAGGCUCAGAGCAAGAACACCGGCCUCAGGAGUAAGGGUUCCAGGUUCGCUCACACAGAAAAACUUCAGUAUGCAGCGGAUGAGGACAAAGCCAUGACUCAGGUUGGAGCAAAUGUGGCUACAAAAGAUACCGAGGAGGAACAAGAGAAGAAGCGACAAGAAGAACAAGAACGGCUGCGGUCAGAACUCGCGAAUAUCACCUCUGACCUUGAGAAAUUGGAGCUUGAGGUCAGGAAGUUUACAGCCGGUCGGCAAAAAAUGGAAGAGAUCAUUGCCUCGGAAACAAAGGCCAUAGUUGAGAAGAAAGAUACAUUCAGUGUAAAGAAGAGGACACUGGAUUUGUUGCCGCAAGCUGAGGAUAACAUUGCCAAACUACAGGCCAUUGUGGAUGCCAGUAGACAGCGAUUAGCCAACCUGGCCAAACAGUGGGAGGCCCACAGAGACCCACUUCUAGAGCAGUACAGACAACUAGGAGAUCUGAACUCAAAGCGAGAGUCGGAAGCCCAGAAAAAGCUGGAGGAAAUUAAGCAGUUCAGAGAGAGGAUGAAAGAAACAGCAGAUGACACUCGAAGAAAAGAUGAACUGUACAAGCAGUUGAUAUCCGAGUAUGAACGAAUGACGAAAGAUGUCAACAGGUCGGCCUACACAAGGAAGAUUAUGGAGAUUGUAGCCAACAUCAAAAAACAAAAACAGGAAAUAGAUAAGAUUUUAGUGGAUACAAAAAGUGUUCAAAAAGAAAUCAACUUGUUGACAGGAAAGUUGGACCGAACAUUUGCAGUUACAGAUGAGCUGAUAUUUAGGGAUGCUAAGAGAGAUGAAAGUGUCAAGAAAGCAUACAGGCUUUUAGCUGCUUUGCAUGAGAACUUUGAGCAGUUGAUUCAAACAGUCCAGGACACAGGUGUGGUCAUGCGGGAGAUUAAAGAUUUAGAGGAACAGAUUGAAACGGAAAGCAACAAGAAAAUCUUGAGCAACCUUGAGAAGAUUUCUGCUGACCUUCAACAGAUGAAAAAGGAAAAUUCAGGCCUGUUGGCAAAGGUCAAAGGGAAAUAA